AUGUUUGCCUUGCGGUAUCCCCUGGCAUCGGAGUGGGAAGCAGUGGUGCGAGAAGAUACCCGCUGGUACCUGAAUCUGCAGCACGACACGGCUCAGCCCAUCCACCCCAUGAUCAAGAAGUUUCGGGAACACCUGGGCGAUGUCAUCGCCAACGAGUUCCUGUGGGACUUCCGUGGAUUUGUGAAGAUGAAGUGCAGUGAGUGCGGACUUCCAGACUCAGUGGUAUGGUGCCAGCAGUGUACUGACUACUUUUGUGCUCCUUGCUUCCUUCAAAGUCACAAAUCUCGGCGGGGUCGAAAGCACUGGCCACUUCCGGUGCCGGGCUGCAGAUACCUCACCGUGCCAGAGACACGCCGUUUCGAAGAGCAGCUUCCGCUGUUGAAUGUGGGCUUCUCCAACCGACGGCGAUUCCUAGCGCGGGACAACCAGUCCGACAAAAACGGCGACCGAAGCGGAGAUACCUGGCUUUGGUUCCACACAGACACCUUCCAGGCCGCCCUCAUGCAGACCCCAGAGAACCACUGGUGUCUGAAGCGGCGGGAGCCGCCCCGGUUGCCUCCAGGUGUCGAUGGCUACUUCUACAACUUCGCUACAGACACUGUGGCGGAUGAUGUGUCUUACAUCCUCACGUCGCAACAAGAAGCGCGUGCGGUGGCACUCAUGCAGCGCCACAUCCGCGGAGCCUUGACCCGUAGGGCGAUCAAGAAGCAGACCACUGCAUCUCUGAUCUUUCAGAAGACCAAGAUGAUGUGGGAUGUGCAGCGCAUUCACGGCAGCAGCGGCAAGAAUGCCGGCAUUAUCAAGGCAUGGUUCAGAAAGCACCGGGCGCGCGAGAAGAAGGAGAGGGUCCAAUACAGCGCGUCCAGGAUCCAGGCCAUCUGGCGCGGGAUCCUAACGCGGCGGCGGACACGUAGCAAGCUGGCGAGUACCACCCGCUUCCAGGCCUCCUGGCGAGCCUUCGCAGACAGAAGGCACCUAGAAGUUCGGUGGGCUGCGAUCGUCUCCAUCCAGAAGGUCAUUCGUGGCUACAUCCACGGUCGCAACUGGCUGCGUAUGCGGCACAAGUCGGCCGCGAGGAUUCAGGCCCUGGUCCGGGGAAUCUUCCAGCGACAGCGACAUGCGAAGCGGCUUGCAGCAGCCAUUCGCAUCCAGGCUCGCAUUCGAGGCCUCUUUGAUCGGAAGCAGGUUCGGAAUAUCCAGACAGCUGCUACGAAGCUCCAGCGGAACUGGCGGCGCUUUCAGGCACAACUGCAGGUGAAGCAGAUGGUCUACGAGCGCAUGGAGGUUCUCCGUUUGAAGCGCUUGGAUAUCCUGCGCCGGAAGCUCCAGGUGGCCGCCAGUGUCGUUCUGCAGAGGAACUGGAGGCGGCAUGUGGAUGCUCAAAAUGCUUUGGAGGAGCGAAAAGAGAAGGGCGAUGCGGACAAGCGCACCACGACGAUGCUCGUCGCACUUUUCCAGGGAGCCGCUGCGUUGCGCCACUACAUCCACCCCUGGUGGCGGCAUCUACCGCCUCAGAUCCAAGCCAUUCUGAAGGAGCUCAAAGGCCCGCUCCAAAGGAGCAUUGCCUUGCUCCCGGUAUCCGGAAAGCUCGGCUCUGAAGAGCUGGGGCGGCGGGGCCUCAACGUGGCUGGAGUGGAGCACCUCCAGUGCCCCCAGACAUCAAAGGAUCCGGACUUGGCUUCCCACCUCCUCCUCCAGGUCAGCCGACACCUGCUUUCGCACGUGCCUGCAGAGCUCUUUCCCGAGACCGUGAAGUGGGCUUGCUACGCCAUCGGCCAUCAAGCUGUGAAGCUUUACCACACCAAGGGCUUCUACACCCAGGAGGAGAUACCUGUCGGCAAGGAGAUGCCUCCGCACCCCAACGACAGCCUCCACUCGCUCUACAAGGAUAUGGAUACCUACAAGACGCGCACGGACUCGAUGAUGGCUUUCCCUGGGGAGGCCAUGCCGAUGUUAACCCUAGCCGGAAUGCCGUCCCAUCAUCGGCAUGUUUUCCUCACUGCAGAGGUCUUAGUCACCAUGAGGCAGGCAAUGGACUCGCCAGCUAUUUCCACGGAUGAUCAUCUCAAGUUCCAGGGUCUCGACGCCUCUGCUGGAGCGCAGCUGAUGGAGGUGCUGGCAGCGGAGCUCGAGCAUCGCUUGCCAUUAGACUGGCCCAAUCAGCAUGGGACCGUGGCAGCGCUCGCGCAGCAGUUAGGCUCCCACAUUAUGGAGGCGAGGAAGGAAGAGAAUGGCAGGGCGCAAUCCAAAUCCAAGAAAGCAUCCCCGCCGCCCAAGGAGACCAAAGAGGAAGGAAAGGCUGGAGAUGGCAAGAAGGGCAGAAGCGAGGUGGAGCCAAACGUUCUCACGACCUUCAACCGAGCUUCCGUCAUGCGUGUGAUCCAGCAGGUUGGCUACCUCAUGCGGGAUCAGCACAAGAUCAUGGACUCGGUGAUGGGCCUCCAGGACGACGAGACGACCAAAGCCGGCGAGGGCGUCCGCCAAGGUCGUUUCGUGCUCAUGACGGAUCGCCUCUUCGACAUGGCUGACCGUGCCCCGCACGACCACUGCUCUUUUGUGCUGGCGGUUGUCAUGUUCCACAUGAUCAUCAGGGCGCUGGCGCUUCGGCUGCUCUACCAUCGGGCAGCCAUCAGCCUGCAGAAGAGGUACCGAUACCUCAAAAAGAAGAAGAAGUCCCUCAAUGCCGUGGCACCUGCAAUCUGCAUUCAGCGCUUCUGGCGUGGCCUCCGUACCGGGCUACAAAUUGCAAGA